GUAUGACUGUCUAAUGCUUUUUUGAAAGCUUGCUAAAUGAUGUCUGCAUUUACUUGAUUUUGUUUGCUGUUUAUGGUUUGAAAUAAAUUAUUUUGAUAACCAACAAGAAAGCGAAAACGGAAACAGAGUAACGAGGUCGUGCGAGUGUCGGCCGUGGGAAAUCUGCGUGACUUUGUUUACCUCGAUCAGCUGAUGGCGAUGGCUUGAGGCGAGGGACGUUUGAUGCAGGAGGCUGUUGAUACCUUGGUUUGAUAUUCCAGAAGUACUAAGUUACAAGUUUGAUGCAAUGGCAGGAGGAGAACUUUCAGGUAUGGGAAGUUUAGAGGAAAUACUGAUGAGAGCUACUGAAGGUGAAAUAACAGAGAAUGAUCAUCUCCCUGAGAGCUGUGGAGGUGAUGAAAGUGGAGAAACAUCACUAGUCUUACAGGAGCAAAGCACUAGGGAACCAGUACAAAUUUAUGCCAUUGAUAUGGACAUCAGUGAGCGUAUGGGAACACUGAAGGCCCGAGCUGCUGAAGCAUUACAUCUGGAUUUGCAGAACUGUAAUGUGACUGUAUUGUCAGAAAAGGAGCUGAGUGAUGAACAAACUCUGCAGGAACAGUGUGGAACAAGUACUGGCCUGGUGCAGAUACAGUUUGUUGUGAAGAAUGACAGUGCAGGCAGUCGUAUUGACAUAUUAGAUGUUCUUAAGCCAAAUGAAGGAGAGUUAUUGGAAAACAAAUCUCAAGUAUCAUCCUCACAAGUAUCUAAGCCUGUCUCUGCUGGAGCCAAAACCACAGCAAAAGUGCCAAAGACAACAAGAUGGAUUGUCUGUCCGGCAUUCAAAGAGCUUCAGCGUGUUCUAAAGAUCCCACAAAAUCCACUUGAGUGGUCAGUAGCUCAUGUACGGCAGUGGCUUUCCUGGGCUGUCUGCCAGUUUGGGCUUCGUGAUUUAAAUGUAAACAGUAGCACCUGGAGCAUAAAUGGAAGAAUUUUGUUCCAGCUUACCCAGAAUGAAUUUAGAAAGCUGGUUCCCAAUGAUCCUGGAGAUGUUUUUUACAUGCAUUUUGAACUCUUAAGAAGAACUAAUGUUGCUGCGGUCGUCUGUGACCCCACCUCCAUGGUACCAAAGCCUGCUCCCCCAAAGAUGCUCUCAGGGGCUACUUCUGUUAAAGUGAAGACUGCAGUAGAGGUGCCCCACAAAGCUACUACAGGGUGUGGGGGAAGCAGCAGUGGAUCUGGUAUUCUGUCCAGUGGGAGUGGAGGAGGAAGUCAACAGAUACAAUUAUGGCAGUUUUUAUUGGAACUCCUAACUGAGCCAAAGCUUUACCCAGUGAUUUCAUGGUAUGGAGGGGAUGGAGAAUUUCGAUUACACCAACCUGAAGUUGUAGCAAGUCUCUGGGGACAACGAAAGAGCAAGCCAAACAUGAAUUAUGAAAAAUUGUCUCGAGCUCUCAGAUACUACUAUGAUGGUGAUAUGAUUGCAAAAGUUUCAGGGAAAAGAUUUGUAUAUAGAUUUGUAUUAGACUUAAAGAGUGUAGUGGGAUACAGUGCUGAUGAACUUCGGCAACAGGUAGAAGAAUGUCGAAGACGAGAGGGCUACAGCUUGGAGGUCCCUCCAGUGAUGGUCAUGCAGGCUAUAUAGCACAAUUUAUACAAUUUAUGAAGUAAUUGAUUUUUAUACUGAUAUUAUAUAUUGUCUCAGUAACCUGUUAAUUUCUUGCUGUUAUGUAGGUAAUACCAACCUUUACUUCAUAAAGAUGUUUAUAGCAGUAAUUAAUAAAGUGUACCCAUAA